CCGAGGUCCCCGGGCUUGUGCCGGGAGCUGAGUUAACGAUCGCUGUACACCAGGCGUUUGGAGAACCGUGGCCGCCUCCCCCCGCCCCCAGGAAACUUCGUGAACCCCCUGCCAUGUAUGCAAAAUAUUGUAUCAGUGCCAUUUCCGGGGAGCCUUCCAACGCUCUAAAAGUUAAUGAGCGGGGAUCUGAUGAGCUUCUUUCUUCUGGCAUCAUUAACGGACCUUUUACCAUGAACAAUUCUAGUCCUUCUAUAGGUGUGUAUGCUAAUGGGAAUGACAACAAGAAAUUUAAAGGAGAUAGACCUCCCUGUUCGCCUUCCCGUGUUCUCCAUCUUCGCAAAAUUCCAAGUGAUGUCACCGAAGCAGAGGUCAUAUCAUUAGGUCUACCAUUUGGCAAAGUAACUAAUCUUUUGAUGUUGAAAGGAAAAAGCCAGGCUUUCUUAGAAAUGGCUUCUGAGGAAGCUGCUAUUACUAUGGUGAAUUAUUACACUCCUGUUACUCCUCACCUUCGAAGCCAGCCUAUUUUUAUUCAGUAUUCCAAUCACAGAGAACUUAAGACUGACAAUCUACCUAAUCAAGCUCGAGCCCAAGCUGCACUGCAGGCUGUCAGUGCUGUCCAGUCAGGAAGUCUGGCCCUUCCUGGAGCUCCCACCAAUGAAGGCACAAUGCUACCUGGGCAGAGCCCUGUGCUCCGGAUAAUUAUUGAAAACCUCUUUUACCCUGUUACUCUGGAAGUUCUUCAUCAGAUAUUUUCUAAAUUUGGCACAGUCUUGAAAAUUAUCACCUUUACAAAGAAUAAUCAGUUUCAAGCCUUGCUUCAGUAUGCUGACCCAUUGAAUGCACAGUAUGCCAAAAUGGCACUGGAUGGCCAGAAUAUCUAUAAUGCAUGCUGCACUCUGCGUAUUGACUUCUCCAAGCUUACCAGCCUUAAUGUGAAAUAUAAUAAUGACAAAAGCAGAGACUUCACUCGCUUAGACCUUCCUACUGGUGAUGGCCAUCCAUCCCUUGAAUCCCCUAUGGCUGCUGCUUUUGGUGCACCAGGUAUAAUUUCCUCACCAUAUGCAGGGGCUGCUGGAUUUGCCCCAGCCAUUGGAUUUCCUCAAGCUACAGGUCUGUCAGUCCCAGGUGUUCCUGGAGCUCUUGGUCCUCUCGCACUCACCUCCUCUGCUGUCACUGGAAGGAUGGCCAUUCCUGGGGCUGGUGGUAUACCAGGAAAUUCUGUUCUGCUUGUCACCAAUCUCAAUCCUGAUCUUAUCACACCACAUGGGCUGUUUAUCCUAUUUGGAGUAUAUGGUGAUGUACAUCGAGUGAAGAUUAUGUUUAAUAAGAAAGAAAAUGCUUUGGUUCAGAUGGCAGAUGCAAAUCAAGCUCAGCUAGCAAUGAACCAUCUGAAUGGUCAGAGACUUUAUGGAAAAGUGCUCCGUGCUACACUGUCCAAACAUCAGGCAGUUCAACUUCCUCGAGAGGGACAAGAAGACCAAGGUCUGACUAAGGAUUUUAGUAAUAGUCCUUUGCAUCGCUUUAAAAAGCCUGGCUCUAAAAACUUCCAGAAUAUUUUUCCACCGUCAGCCACUCUGCAUCUUUCCAACAUCCCACCUUCCGUUACGAUGGAUGAUCUGAAGAACCUUUUCACAGAAGCUGGAUGUUCAGUGAAGGCUUUUAAAUUCUUUCAGAAAGAUCGCAAAAUGGCCCUUAUUCAGUUGGGAUCUGUGGAAGAAGCGAUCCAGGCCCUCAUUGAGCUUCAUAACCAUGACCUUGGAGAAAAUCACCACCUCAGAGUUUCCUUCUCAAAAUCUACAAUCUGACUUUCUGUGAAUUUUUCUUCUAAGACUGGACCAUAAUAGCAGUUAAAUGUUCAGACAUAGACUGAAGCAACUCAAGACCAAUUCUGCCUCUUUUACAAAAAUGAUUUUUUUCUGAGUUUGCUGUUUAAGUAUAUUCAAAAAAUUAAGGAAUGUUUUCCCCCCUGCCAAUAUGUGCUCAAAGGGGUGUUUUUCUUUUAUAUCUUAGUUUCUAUGAAAAUAAUCUUCAGGAAAAAAAAUUUUUUCAGUAAUUCACUUCCCCAUAUUAAAUUGGAUUUCAAAAGGACAGACUCUUUUAGUUUGGGACCAGAUCAGCCUUAUACAUUUCUAAACUCCUUUGUACUUUAAAAAAUUAAAUAUAACAACUUUUAAAAUUACUUGAUAUAAGUAAUUUCAAUUUCUUACAACCAAGUUUUUAACUUUAUGAUUCAGAAUUUGUUCAUGUAUAAAUUACAUCAAUUAUUUGGCAUAUAUUGAUGGUUAUACAUAAACAAAUUGGUUUGUGUUGGAAGCAUAUUUGUAAACUUCAUGUUUUCUUUUAGUUUUUUUCCCCCCACUGGUAAGACACUCCUAUGAAUAUUGCAUAUCUUUAAUUUUUUAAGAGUAUUUGGAGAAAUGAAGCAUCUCAGCUGUCCCAAGGAAAUUAAGUGGAAUCCAACCAGGAUCAAUUAAGGUGUCAGAAAAAUCAGUAACUUUCUUUGGAAAAAUCAUGUUUUAAAUUUAAAAUGAUACAUAUGCUGAGUAAUAUAAUAUGAUCUUAGAAAACUAAAAAAAAUUUUACUUAUAAACUACUUUUUUAUAAUUGUUUUCAGAAAAAAAGUUUACAGUCUUAAGGAAAAUAUUCAGGUCUAUCAUAUGGUUUGACAGAUUUUUAAAAGUUAUUUUUGGUAAGGUCUUCUUUUAGAAAAAAAUUAAUCUCAAGGGUUUUUUGUACCACUAUAAUCUGUAAUACUUAUUCAGAAUUACUGUGUAUUUACUUAAUUUCUAAUUAUGUGCCUUAUUAUGUGCUUAUGAUACAAUAGGUUAGAGUUUUAUCUCAGUAUCUUGAAAGCUAUAUUGUGGGCUUGGUGAGUGUUUCCCUUUUCUUUCCCUGUUUUGGUAAGGAUUUUAAAGGAUUUUUCAUUGCUAUUUUAAGUAGUUUUCAAUAAGUGAUCAUUUUUAUCCAAAUUUAUGGUGCUUUGGUGCAGAGAUGGGGUGGGGAAGGAUAAAUGGUUUAGACAAUAAUUCACUGUACACCUGUAGGCCUCUUCACAUUUGACCAAUAGCAGUCAUUGCUGUUAUGGCAUACUGAUUUGGAGCUAUGAAAUGGAAUCUCAGUUUUUGGAUCUUGUCAAAUCUUUAUCAUUCAUCAGAUUUUGUCUCAGGAUUACUUGAUUUUUCUCAGUACUCAAGCAGAACUUGCUUUUCUUUGUUAAUGUAGCUUCUUUACUGAGUGCCCACAUAUGUGGAGUAUGGCAGAGUGGGUUCCUUCUCAUUCUCAGUCCCAUUCCCUUUUUUGGUUGAAUGUAAAAGUGCAUUUUAAUGUGGCUUCAGUGAUUGUAUAAUGUAAAAUUGUUUCUUUUUAAUGAGAAACUUAGCUUUUGUUAAUUACUCCUUCAAUGCUUGAUCAGAUUUUUUAAAAGCGGGAUUUGUCAAAAGGGACAUUUUUGUCCACCACUUUUACACUUCUCAGAUUCUCAGAGUGGCUCAUCUCACCUUUAAGAGUAAUAUCUCAAUCUCUUUGCUAUAUUCCAGCCAUUUAUUUGAACACAGGAAGGGUUUUACAAAAGAAAUUUUACAAAAAAUUGGAGACACAGGAGAUAUUAUAGGUUGUUAAAAAGCAGAAUUCACUCAACACUGAGCAAUAGAAGGUAGGUAGAAUUGGAAGGAGACUACUAAAUUGAGACCUUUUGGGUGCAUCAAUUUAGCAUUGGCUGAAUAGAUAGGUAUAAUCACUUAUCAGAUUUUUGAUUUUUUUCACUUAUGAGAUAUAUUUUUAGCUAAACACUGAGUAAAGGGGAACGGGAAAAUGUCUUUGAGACAGCUCCCAAAAUUUACUGCCUUUUUCCCUCCAUACAGGCACUAUUAAAGUUUUAGUGACAGGUUAAA